AUGGCUUCCCAUCAGAUCGCCAUUGCAAAGGCCUCGCUCGCCGCCGGACUUCUGCGUCCUGACCCCACCUCCAUCGCCCGCGACGACAUCACAGCUUUGCAUAACUACCUCGAAAGAGCCCUGUCGCAUUGCUCUCCAGCCAACAUCCAGACCUGCAAAUCAUGGCUUCUCAGAUAUGUUGUCUCGUCGUCUAAUCGGGUCAGCCUGUUGGCAAAAUAUCUGGUUGCUCUGGCUGGAUCGCUGCCCUCGGGCCAAGAUGGCUCAGCAGCGCCUGCAACGCCAGACACGCGGACUGGCCCGUCUGCGAAGAGGAAACGAUUACAUAUGCUGUACCUGCUGAAUGAUUUAUUCCAUCACACAAAGUACCAUAACAACUCGACUGCCGCCUUCUCUACCCUCAGCGGAUCCUUGCAGCCGCAUAUUGUGGAAUUGCUGAGCUACGCUGCCUCCUACGACCGACAGAAACACCCGAAACACCAUAAACGGCUAGACGGCCUGUUGGAUAUCUGGCAGCAGCAUAGCUACUUUGCCGAGGACUUUGUGAGUAAACUCCGCGAGGUGGUUAUCAACUCAGCCGUGUCUGGUCCAGUGAAGACGAGCGCCACUGCGGAGGAGAAUAAGGUGGAAUCGGGACAAAAGCUUUUUGCGGGAAGAGACGCGCCGUUUGUUAUGCCGUCAACUCAUGGAGAUCUCUCUACUCCUUACUACGACCUCCCUGCCGGCAACCUUGUUCCUCAUAUCAUCCCGAACUCAACCAUUCCUCUACGUCCUGACUCGAUCAAACCAUUGCAGUUCCUGGCCGGUCCCGCGGACGGGAAGCUAGUUACCGCACUCAAGGCAUUCCUCAAAGAUGUCGAUCUGAUCUACGGAUCGGGGAGUUUAGAGCAGAACGACGACGAAGUCAUUGAUAUCGAUGAUCUCGGCCAGACCGUCAUCCGAGACACUCUCACGGGAGACAUCCUUCAAAGCGACACGUACUACGGCUGGUCGCGGUUAUUCUGUCAGCAGAUGAAGAAACGAAACACACGCCACAGCUCGCAGAGUCGCAGUCGCAGUCGCAGUCGCAGCCCUGCCAGGCGACGACGGUAUUCCGAUAGCCUAGCAAGCGACGACAGCAGAUACAGGAGUCCACGAUCACGCAGCCGCUCGCCCGCACGCCGACCGUACGACUCCAGAUCUCGCUCCCGUUCCCGUACAACCUCCUGGAGAAGAUCAGGGUCGGGUUCGCGCGAGAAAUCCUACUCUCCGCAACCUCCCGGCCCACCAUCCAUGUCUGGAAAUAAUAUACCUCCUCCGCCUCUACCUCAACCGUAUCACCACCACCACCACCACCAACCCGGCAAUCCCUACAUCAACGCACCGCCGCCACCAGCUCCUCCGUCGUUUCCUCCACUUCUCCAUCAAAUGCAAUUCCCUCCGACUGGUCAGCACAGCUUUCCCCCAGGAAUGCCAGUUCCGCCACCCCCACCUUCGAAUUACCAGGGUGUUUGGCCUCCGCCGCCACCCGCGAUGCCCAGCUACGGUGGUUCUCCUGGGGGAGGAAUGCCUCCAAAUUUCCCUCCACCUUUCGCCCCGGGUGGGAAUAGUGGUCAAUAUCCUGGGCAGCCAAUGCCUCCGGGAUCAUACCACUUUCCGCCUCCACAUCAGCCGGGGGGAGGUGGACGGGGGUCGUGGCAGUAUCCACCAGGGCCUCCGUCAGGACGUGGAUGGCGAUAGCUUUCCUUUUCUAAUGUACUUGUAAGUCAACGAAGAUUCUUUAAUUCGAAAUAUAAAUAUUGUAGAAGUAAAAGUAAAUCAAACAAGUACUCAGGCUAUACCUCGUAGAUUCUAACCAAAUCCUCACUAAAAAAAAAAAGCAUACAUAACCACCUCCCCAUACUCCAGAGAUUCAACACAUUACAGUCAAUCAAGUCAAGUCAAGAGAGAGAAACCCCACAUCUUCUUCAACGAUGAAUCAAUCAAUCAAUCAAUCAAUCAAUACUUAAAUUAAACCCUCGUAGCCCUCGCACUCGCCACAGAAGAAGAAGAAG